GAAAAUUCUGAACACCCUCAACAAAAAAUUAAAAAAAAAUCAACUGACUAAAUUAAUCACUCACAGGUACACGUUGUGUUACCAAACAGGAAAGCAAAUCGAAACAAAUAUAUUGGGUUUCACCAAAAAUAUGGCUUUGGUGUCUUAUGUCUCAGCACCAAAAAGAGCAGUUCUUUUCCUAUCUUCGAUGCAUUCGGUACCUACUUUCGACACCCAAAACAAAAACAACUCAGAAAUAAAUUUGUAUUACAAUCAAACUCAGGGCGCAGUAGAUACUUUGGACCAACUUGCGCAUAGUUUUACUUGCCGCAGAAAAUAAAAUAGAUGGCCGUUCACAUUCUUCUGUCAUUUAGUUGGCAUUUGUGAAAUAGCCGGAUAAUGCUUGUUUGGAAAAAUUUGCAUCCGACUUGGAUGGUGUCAAAACAGAACAUUACUCCCGAAUCUUUUCAAGGUUCAAUCAUUAUCAUUUAAUUUUCAUAUAUGUGUCUUGAAGACACAUGUUGGUAAGAUUUGCAACUUUUUUAUGUUGGUAAGAUGAGGGUUAAGUUGAUAAUCAGCCGAAAGCCCUGGUAGCUAGUUCUCCUAACUGUAACUAAUUAUAUCUAAUAAAUAAAGAAAUAGAUAAGUUGAUAAUAUUUGAAACAUUUGGAGAUCUUUCACAACGCAAAGAUUAACGUUUACGACUGGGGUGUCUUGCGAUCGUAAAAAGGUCUUUCAGACUUCAAGGCUUUGUUUAACCCAUCUGCACUUCCACCUGUGAAUUCCGAUUUUGGCGUUUGACUGAAGAAAAAAAAUAAAAAGUUUUUACGUUAAACAAUCUUGGUCUUUGAUGAUCGGCUUUAGAGGGUUAAAGAUGCUACCUUCCCAAAGUUUACAAGUCAAAGCGCUUUCCUAAGCAAAUCUUGCUCUUUAUUAGUUUGCGGAUUAGAUAAAAGCGACGCAAUUCAAAUGCUCACUGAGGCAGACAGAAGAGCUGUUAGUUAAUUGGCAGCGCUAUAAAUAAUAUUUGUAUGCCUUCCUUUUUGUUAUGACUACGAAGCGGCUUAAGUAAGCAUGUACAUAUGUACUUAGUAGGUUUAUUUCAAUUCAAAUAGAAUAUGCGAUUUAAAAAUAAUUCCCGACAUGGUGACAUUCAAUUUAAAAUUCAUACAUGUUUGCAUUGUGACCUCGUGAGAGCAUUCCCAGUGCCGUACGCUCCUUUCGAGCGUCAUUGCACUAAAAAUGUUUAACUUUUUCUCCCCGCUUACGUAUAUUUCGUUGACAUUUUAUGAUAUCGCUGAGCGGUUAGCAUUAGGUAUGUGCAUAUAUGUAUGAUGCUUCCAAAGUCUCCUAUGCCGGAAUCUUUUGCCACCUCACCCUCCUCCAGCAUAUUAACAUUAGCCGUCCAUCGGUGCAUCCUUUAAAGUCGCGCGUAUAGCAGAUCUCUGCCGUUUUUUUUUUGUUUUUUGAGGAUGUAGUUCUGGCUUCCAUCCCUCGACUUUGUUUCGAUACCUGCUACACCUUCUGCUACUGCGUUUCCUUGACUAAUCAUUUGAUAUAUAAGCACCUUCGUCUCUGAUUGUGAAAGAAUACAGUUUCAGUCGAGAAUUUAAAGCAGAGCGGCCCUGAAGCAUCUAGACCACUUCGUUCGGUAAUUUUAGUGAGUGGUCAUCCUUGCAUUAAAUGAUUUUCAGCUUGUGGAACCACCCAAACAGUCAAGCCGGUUCUGUUUAUUGGCCUUCACAUUUGUUUCUUCCGCUACUUAGGAAUCACGCUUGAUGUUUGACGGCAUGGCUUCAUCAUAGCGUUUAGCCUUCUUAGCCGGCGUAGCUGGCUCGUUCGAUGUGGACCUCUGUCUCUAUGAUUCCGCGAUUAAGUUCACAUAUGUAUUUCGGACUAGUAGGUCCGGUGACUACUCAGCUUCCCUAGCCCAGGCCGGCCUGGUCUAAAUCUACGCCGUAAGGGUGUAUAAAACGAGCGCUGCUCAAUAUCCGGUCGACAUUCGCGCGGUUUGUUAGUUUUCGGAAAAGUUUCAGGCUGAUUUGAAAUACUUGGUAAUACCUUCGAGAAAAACUUGAAUGCAAGAGUUAUCUAUUACUUAGGUUAGAGACUUCCGUUAGGGGCAUAAAGCUUUCUAAAUGUCGUUUCGAUAAAAAUGGACCUUAUCCUCUCUACGGAGAUGUACAAAUUCUAGGUUCAGCGCCUUGAGCCAUGACAAAAACUAGCCGUCUAUAAAUGUAUGGCUAGAUCUAUAGGCAAGCCUUUGGAUCCAUUCUGAUAUACUGGCAUAGCGUAACGAAAAAGUCAUCAUCAUUGCGUUGGAGUUUAGGCCUUCUGCCUCUCGAUUUGUUAGGACAACGUUACAACAAGAGUCGCUAAAAUAGCCACCCUGGCUCUCUUACUUAAUUAAAAUAGAACAAUGGAAGAAAUUAGCCUUACAUUUGGCGGCAAGAUAUUAUUCGUAACUAAAAUAUUUUCGACAGGGUGCUGUUUUUCCAUUUGCGUACACAGUAUUUACCUGCAUACAUCUAUGUAUGUAUAAGCGUUUACGUAUUUGGGGUGCAUGUAACUUACUUUCUACGCUAAUUUAUGGUUAGAAUUUGCGCUUUACAAAUAUUCAUCUCAAAACAUUGUACGGCUACUUGUUGUGGCAGCUGAGCUUAUUUAAAUAAAUACUUAAAAAAAAAAUGUGUUUCUUCUGUAACAAUGCUAUAAAUCAGAGUACUCAUAAAAGUAUGUAGUCUAAGUCGUAUCGUCUCGGUCCUCGGAUGUGUAUUUCUUUUCGCUUGUGUGAUAUGUAGAUAAAAAGUCAGCUUUUGUAGCAUUGCGUUUGUUAUUUGACUUUUAAGCCUUGAGUAGGGCGCAUGUUUGCUACUACACCAAAAUUGUUACAACUGUAGUUUUCUGGUUGAUAAGAGUGCAAUAUGUCGACGCCUGAUAUAAGUAUUAUGAGCUCAACUGAGAAUUUGCUGUCGAAACUGUCGAAGGAAGUUUUUAGCGGCUCCAACGCUUCCCAACACAACGUGGACUUCGAGCAGUCACAUGCGCCUGCUUGGCUCACAAAGGACUACCUGGAACGCUGUUUGCGUUCUCACCACCAAGAUAGUCAUCUAAAAAUACUCAAGUGGCACAUCCGGCCAGCGCUGGGAAAAGGUGAAAACUAUGGUGGUGUUUUAAGCCGCAUACGCGCCGACUAUCAAACGGGCGCGGGCACCGUGGCCACUGGGCACUAUGUUGUGAAGACAUCCUAUGAGGCUGAUGAGUUUGCGCGUAAAACAAUGGAACCCUACGAUAUUUUUAAUCGCGAAAUGUCCAUCUAUGAACAGGUGUUGCCGAAGUUGAACGCACUGCUGCAUGAGAUCGGCGACAACGAACAGAUCUUCGCCGAAACAAUGGCGGUGGAUCGUGAACGUUCCGCUCUCAUUUUCGAGGAUCUCAACGUGCGUGAAUUCAUCAUGCCCAAUCGGUUGGACGGACUAAAUAUGGAUUUGUCCCGAAUGGUGCUGCGCAAGAUAGCUAAGAUGCAUGCUACAUCUGCGGUGCUGAAUGAACGCGAAAGUGGUUGCCUGGAAAUUUAUGAUCGUGGUUUCUUCAAUCAGCACACAGACAAUUAUAUGCCCGGGUUUGAAGGACUGAUGAUGGCUUGCAGUCGUCGUGUUGCCCAGUGGGAGGGGUACGAGUAUUACGCGCAGAAGUUGGCGAGCUUGAAGUCCAACUAUGCCAAAAUCGGCAAGAAAGUGUUCGAAGCCACACCAGGCCAUGUAAAUGUAUUGGCGCACGGCGAUCUCUGGACAAAUAAUGUGAUGGUGAAAUAUAAUAAAAAUACCGGCGAACCCUUGGAUGUGAUCAUCAUUGAUUUCCAAUAUGCAACUUGGGGCUCCCCAGCAUUGGAUCUGGACUAUUUCCUCAACACCUCAUUGGAAGAGCGAUUGCAUUUAAAUCAACAGGAUGAACUUAUACGUUGCUACUACGAAACCUUCUCGGAUACAUUGCGCAAACUACGCUACCAAGCCAAUAUUCCAUGCUUGCACAAGUUCCAUUUGCAGCUAGAAGAAAAGGCAUUUUACGCUUUUCACUCAACUUGUAUUGUUUUGCCGAUUCAACGCAACACAGAUACCGAAGACGCGGAUUUCCGGGCAAUAAUGCAAGAUGACGAACGCGGCAUUCGCUUCAAGGAUACUUGCUUUAAGAAUCCCUAUGUUCAACGGAUAAUCAAGCAGCUCUUGCCGUUGUACGAACGACGUGGCUUACUGGAAGUUACACAGUAGUUUAACUGGUUGUGAUAUUUGUGAUCUUUAGCUUUAUAAAUAAAUAGGUUGUAAUUGAAAGUAAAUGUUCGCAUUCAAAUUUCGUACCAAUAAUCGCUAAAAAGGAGGAUAUGUAUGUAUAGCAUGGAAUAUACAAUUAGGAUAAACAUAGAAAAAAAUUAAAUAAAAAAGAGGCGUCGAACUUAAUUUAUGUAUGUAAAAUGUAAAUUAUGUAGAAUACAUCUUUUUAUUUAGUAAAUACUAUUUACAUAGUACAAAGAUGUGCUCAGACGUG